AUGGGUCACGGACGGCCUGCAAAGCGCAGGCGGUUGACGCCGCCGAUCGACGACAGUAGAGUCUCCAAAACUGUCAAGGCAGCCGACCUCUUCAACCGAGUCGCGGACUGGGACCUCGAGCAAGAAUAUGAAGAAAGAUCGCGGGGCAAGAAGACCAAGGAAUCAACGAGGCUACCUAUCAAAACCGCAGAAGGGACGGUCAGACAAGUCCAGGCGCCGCGCGAGGACGAAGAUGCAGACUCGGACAGUUUUCUCGGCUCCGGCACCGACGAGGAGGCCGCAACCGCUCAGCAAUCUACGCCCCCCACCGACCCUGAACCACAAUCUGUACCGGUAAAGCAACAAGUUCUGUCGGCCAAAGAAGAAAUCGCCCGUCUAGCGACCCUUCUCAACGAGGAUCCGGAAGAACACUCCUCAUCAUUCAAAAAGCUGGCCCAACUCUCUAUGCCCACAUCUCCCGUUGCGGUGCAGAAACUCGUGCUCGCGGCCCAAGCAGCCGUCUACAAGGAUAACAUCCCCGGGUACCGAAUACGGAGCUACAAGGAUGAAGAACUGGGGAGUAAAAUCUCCAAGGAUGUGCGCAAGACGAGACAAUACGAGCAUUCCCUGGUUACAGGAUACCACGCCUACGUGAAACAGUUGAGCAGUCUUGCCAAGAACCGCAAGGGCGACGUCGAGCACCGGUCGUUGCGGAGCGUGGCGAUGAACUGCGUGUGCACGCUUCUCCUGUCCGUCCCGCACUUCAAUUUCCGCACAGAGUUGUUAACCGUCCUGGUGCACGAGCUGUGCAGCCGCGAGGCCACGGCCGAGUUCAGCAAGUGCAUUGACACGCUCGAGAAAUUCUUUGCGAACGACGAAGACGGCGCGCCCUCCCUCGAAGCAGUCAGUCUGCUGACCAAGACGAUGAAGGCCAAAGAUUAUCGCGUGCGGGAGGAAACGUUGAACACGUUCUUCCAGCUGCGCCUGUUGUCGGAACUCCCGCCCGCGACCAACACAGACGAAGGGGGCGCAGACUCUGCAGCGUCCAGGAUCCACGGGCGGAAGAUCAAGAAGGAGAAGUCGCAGCACGUGACCAAAAAGGAGCGCAAACUGCGCAAAGAACGCAGAGCCGUCGAGAAGGACAUGGCCGAGGCGUCCGCGCUGGUGAACCACGAGGAGCGCGAGAAACUGCAGUCCGAGACCCUCAAGCUCGUCUUCGUGACGUACUUUCGCGUCCUCAAGCAGCGCGUCCCCUGGCUGAUGGGCGCGGUGCUCGAGGGCCUGGCGCGCUACGCCCACCUGAUCAACCAGGACCUGUUUGGCGAUCUGCUGGAGGCGUUGAAGGAGAUUGUCGCCAACGCCGAAGCCGCCGACGGGGCUUUCACAGACGAGGCGGAGGCACUCGACGCCGACGGCGCCACGCUGCGCAACCUGACUCGCGAAUCCCUCCUCGCCACGCAGACGGCCUUUACGCUCCUCUCGGGCCAGGACGCCUCCCGCGCGGCCUCGGCCUUGAAUCUCGACCUCAGCUUUUUCACCGCGCACGCCUACCGCGCGAUAUACCCGCUCGGUCUGGACGCAGACAUCGAACUCGGGCCGAAAUCUUUACGUCUGCCGGAUCCGCAUUCGCCGAGCCGCAACGGCGGUGAUGGCAACGGUAGCGGCAAUGGUAUCAGCAGCGGCAACGCAAAUGGCAACGGCGGUGGAAGGAGCAUGAUGAAAGUCAACAUCAACAUCUCGACCCCCAUCCUCCUACUCACGCGAGUCCUCACCUCCAUCUUAUUAACUCCCUCCUCCCCUCCACCCACACUCACGGCGUUAGCCUUCUUCAAGCGCCUCUUGACGGUCUCAUUACAACUGCCCGAGAAAUCGUGCCUCGCGGUCCUGGCCCUGCUGGGCAAGAUCGCGGACAGACAUAGCCGCAAGGUCGAACCGCUGUGGUACAGUGAUGAGCGCAAGGGGGAUGGCGUGUUCAACGGGGGUAGUGAUUCUGUCCAGGGGACGAAUGUGCUCAGCGUGGGCACUGGGGUGUGGGAAGUGGAGAUUCUGAAGAGGCAUUUCUGUCCCAGCGUCAGGGAGGCCGUGGGGAAGGUUGAGGCUGUGGUUAGGGAUUUGGGUCGUGAGCACUGA